UGAGAAGAACCCAGCAAAAUGGGGAUCUCCACAGUCAUCCUUCAAAUAUGUCUUUUAUUGGGUCAAAUUCUAUCUGCAGCAACAUCAACAACGAGAGACACCACAGACACUGCCUUCUGGGAGUUACUCAGCUCUGUUUCUGAGUCAGAUCCUCCCAGAACACGUGAUCAAGAGAAUUUCCAGACUAUAAAUGAUGUUAUACUUGCCACGGAGGAACUCUCAACAGUGGGCCCAACAGAAGGGAUCCAAUCGGGCUUGGCCCUGAGGCUGGUGAACGGAGGUGACAGGUGUCAGGGCCGGGUGGAGGUCCUCUACGGAGGCUCCUGGGGCUCCGUGUGUGACGACGGCUGGGACACCAACGACGCCAACGUGGUCUGCAGGCAGCUGGGCUGUGGCUGGGCCAUUUCAGCCCCAGGAAAUGCCCGGUUCGGGCAGGGCUCAGGGCCCAUUGUCCUGGAUGACGUGGGCUGCUCAGGGCACGAGACGUACCUGUGGAGCUGCUCCCACAGCCCCUGGAACACACACAACUGCCAACACAGCGAGGACGCCAGCGUCAUCUGCUCGGCUGCCCAGACCCAGACCACGGUUGUGCCAGAUUGGUGGUAUCCGACAACUAAUUAUGGAACCGAAUCGGGCUUGGCCCUGAGGCUGGUGAACGGAGGUGACAGGUGUCAGGGCCGGGUGGAGGUCCUGUACCAAGGCUCCUGGGGCUCCGUGUGUGACGACGGCUGGGACACCAACGACGCCAACGUGGUCUGCAGGCAGCUGGGCUGUGGCUGGGCCGUUUCAGCCCCAGGAAAUGCCCGGUUCGGGCAGGGCUCAGGGCCCAUUGUCCUGGACGAUGUGGGCUGCUCGGGGCACGAGACCUACCUGUGGAGCUGCUCCCACAGCCCCUGGAACACACACAACUGCGGACACAGCGAGGACGCCAGCGUCAUCUGCUCGGCUGCCCAGACCCAGACCACGGUUGAGCCAGCUACCCAGACCCAGACCAUGGCUGUGACAGAUUGGUGGCAUCCGACAACUGACUAUGGAACCGAAUCGGGCUUGGCCCUGAGGCUGGUGAACGGAGGUGACAGGUGUCAGGGCCGGGUGGAGGUCCUAUACCGAGGCUCCUGGGGCACGGUGUGUGACGACAGCUGGGACAUCACCGACGCCGGCGUGGUCUGCAGGCAGCUGGGCUGUGGCUGGGCCGUUUCAGCCCCAGGAAAUGCCCGGUUCGGGCAGGGCUCAGGGCCCAUUGUCCUGGACGACGUGGGCUGCUCAGGGCACGAGACGUACCUGUGGAGCUGCUCCCACAACCCCUGGAACACACACAACUGCGGACACAGUGAGGACGCCAGCGUCAUCUGCUCAGCUGCCCAGACCCAGACCACGGUUGAGCCAGCUACCCAGACCCAGACCAUGGCUGUGACAGAUUGGUGGCAUCCGACAACUGACUAUGGAACCGAAUCGGGCUUGGCCCUGAGGCUGGUGAACGGAGGUGACAGGUGUCAGGGCCGGGUGGAGGUCCUAUACCGAGGCUCCUGGGGCACGGUGUGUGACGACAGCUGGGACAUCACCGACGCCGGCGUGGUCUGCAGGCAGCUGGGCUGUGGCUGGGCCGUUUCAGCCCCAGGAAAUGCCCGGUUCGGGCAGGGCUCAGGGCCCAUUGUCCUGGACGACGUGGGCUGCUCAGGGCACGAGACGUACCUGUGGAGCUGCUCCCACAACCCCUGGAACACACACAACUGCGGACACAGUGAGGACGCCAGCGUCAUCUGCUCAGCUGCCCAGACCCAGACCACGGUUGAGCCAGCUACCCAGACCCAGACCAUGGCUGUGACAGAUUGGUGGCAUCCGACAACUGACUAUGGAACCGAAUCGGGCUUGGCCGUGAGGCUGGUGAACGGAGGUGACAGGUGUCAGGGCCGGGUGGAGGUCCUGUAUCAAGGCUCCUGGGGCACCGUGUGUGACGACAGCUGGGACAUCACCGAUGCCAGCGUGGUCUGCAGGCAGCUGGGCUGUGGCUGGGCCAUUUCAGCCCCAGGAAAUGCCCAGUUCGGUCAGGGCUCAGGGCCCAUUGUCCUGGACGACGUGGGCUGCUCAGGGUAUGAGACCUAUCUAUGGAGCUGCUCCCACAACCCCUGGAACACACACAACUGUGGACACAGCGAGGACGCCAGCGUCAUCUGCUCAGCUGCACAGAUCACCUCCUCUUCUCCAGAUUGGCGGCCCGCAACAAGUACAACCACUCAGAGAACUGAAUCGGGUUUGGCCCUGAGGCUGGUGAACGGAGGUGACAGGUGUCAGGGCCGGGUGGAGGUCCUCUAUGGAGGCUCCUGGGGCACUGUGUGUGACGACAGCUGGGACACCAACGAUGCCAACGUGGUCUGCAGGCAGCUGGAAUGUGGCUGGGCCGUUUCAGCCCCAGGAAAUGCCCGGUUCGGGCAGGGCUCAGGGCCCAUUGUCCUGGACGACGUGGGCUGCUCAGGGCAUGAGACGUACCUGUGGAGCUGCUCCCACAGCCCCUGGAACACACACAACUGCGGACACAGCGAGGACGCCAGCGUCAUCUGCUCGGCUGCCCAGACCCAGUCCACGGCUGUGCCAGAUUGGUGGCAUCCGACAACUGACUAUGGAACCGAAUCGGGCUUGGCCCUGAGGCUGGUGAACGGAGGUGACAGGUGUCAGGGCCGGGUGGAGGUCCUGUACCGAGGCUCCUGGGGCACCGUGUGUGACGACGGCUGGGACACCACCGACGCCAGCGUGGUCUGCAGGCAGCUGGGCUGUGGCUGGGCCGUUUCAGCCCCAGGAAAUGCCCGGUUCGGGCAGGGCUCAGGGCCCAUUGUCCUGGACGACGUGGGCUGCUCAGGGCACGAGACGUACCUGUGGAGCUGCUCCCACAGCCCCUGGAACACACACAACUGCGGACACAGCGAGGACGCCAGCGUCAUCUGCUCGGCUGCACAGAUCAACUCCUCAACUCCAGAUUGGUGGCCUGCAACAAGUACAACCACUCAGAGAACUGAAUCGGGUUUGGCCCUGAGGCUGGUGAACGGAGGUGACAGGUGUCAGGGCCGGGUGGAGGUCCUCUACGGAGGCUCCUGGGGCACUGUGUGUGACGACAGCUGGGACACCAACGAUGCCAACGUGGUCUGCAGGCAGCUGGAAUGUGGCUGGGCCAUUUCAGCCCCAGGAAAUGCCUGGUUCGGGCAGGGCUCAGGGCCCAUUGUCCUGGACGACGUGGGCUGCUCAGGGCACGAGACCUAUCUGUGGAGCUGCUCCCACAGCCCCUGGAACACACAUAACUGCGGACACAGCGAGGACGCCAGCGUCAUCUGCUCGGCUGCACAGAUCAACUCCUCAACUCCAGAUUGGUGGCCUGCAACAAGUACAACCACUCAGAGAACUGAAUCGGGUUUGGCCCUGAGGCUGGUGAACGGAGGUGACAGGUGUCAGGGCCGGGUGGAGGUCCUCUACGGAGGCUCCUGGGGCACUGUGUGUGACGACAGCUGGGACACCAACGAUGCCAACGUGGUCUGCAGGCAGCUGGAAUGUGGCUGGGCCAUUUCAGCCCCAGGAAAUGCCUGGUUCGGGCAGGGCUCAGGGCCCAUUGUCCUGGACGACGUGGGCUGCUCAGGGCACGAGACCUAUCUGUGGAGCUGCUCCCACAGCCCCUGGAACACACAUAACUGCGGACACAGCGAGGACGCCAGCGUCAUCUGCUCGGCUGCCCAGACCCAGUCCACGGCUGUGCCAGAUUGGUGGCAUCCGACAACUGACUAUGGAACCGAAUCGGGCUUGGCCCUGAGGCUGGUGAACGGAGGUGACAGGUGUCAGGGCCGGGUGGAGGUCCUGUACCGAGGCUCCUGGGGCACCGUGUGUGACGACGGCUGGGACACCACCGACGCCAGCGUGGUCUGCAGGCAGCUGGGCUGUGGCUGGGCCGUUUCAGCCCCAGGAAAUGCCCGGUUCGGGCAGGGCUCAGGGCCCAUUGUCCUGGACGACGUGGGCUGCUCAGGGCACGAGACGUACCUGUGGAGCUGCUCCCACAGCCCCUGGAACACACACAACUGCGGACACAGCGAGGACGCCAGCGUCAUCUGCUCGGCUGCACAGAUCAACUCCUCAACUCCAGGUUGGUGGCCCCUACCAAACACAACCACUCAGAGACCAGGAAUCAACUUCUCCACUCCAGGCUCCUUUCCAAGUUGUGGUGGCUUCUUAUUCAGUGCCAGUGGGAACUUUUCCAGCCCAUUCUACCCUGGAUACUACCCGAACAAUGCCAACUGUGUCUGGGAAAUACAAGUGAACCCCGGCUACCUCAUAAACCUGGGCUUCGACAGUCUGCAGUUGGAGACACACAGUAGCUGCAGUUAUGACUAUGUUGAAAUCCUUAAUGGACCACUUAGUAGCAAUGCCUCAGCGAGGAGAAUCUGUCGUUACACCAGGGAAAUAUUCACUUCUCCUUCCAACCGAUUGACUGUUCGAUUUCGGAGUGACAGCAGUGUCCAAAACACUGGUUUUUCUGCUUGGUAUAACUCCUUUCCAAGAAACGUCAGCUUGAGAUUGGUGAAUUGGAACUCCUCCCAUCCCACAUGUGCUGGGCGUGUGGAAAUCUACCAUGGUGGCCAGUGGGGAACAGUGUGUGAUGACAACUGGGACAUUCAAGAUGCCCAGGUGGUGUGCAGACAGCUGGGCUGUGGAUACGCAGUCUCAGCCCCAGGAAAUGCCUACUUUGGCUCUGGCUCUGGCCCCAUCACCUUGGACAACGUGGCGUGCUCAGGGGCAGAGACUAACCUCUGGCAGUGCCGGAACCAAGGCUGGUUCUCCCAUAAUUGUGGCCACUAUGAAGAUGCUGGAGUCAUUUGCUCAGAUGCACAGAUCAACUCCUCCACUCCAGACUGGCGGCCCCCAACAACUACAACCACUCAGAGACCAGGAAUCAACUUCUCCACUCCAGGCUCCUUUCCAAGUUGUGGUGGCUUCUUAUUCAGUGCCAGUGGGAACUUUUCCAGCCCAUUCUACCCUGGAUACUACCCGAACAAUGCCAACUGUGUCUGGGAAAUACAAGUGAACCCCGGCUACCUCAUAAACCUGGGCUUCGACAGUCUGCAGUUGGAGACACACAGUAGCUGCAGUUAUGACUAUGUUGAAAUCCUUAAUGGACCACUUAGUAGCAAUGCCUCAGCGAGGAGAAUCUGUCGUUACACCAGGGAAAUAUUCACUUCUCCUUCCAACCGAUUGACUGUUCGAUUUCGGAGUGACAGCAGUGUCCAAAACACUGGUUUUUCUGCUUGGUAUAACUCCUUUCCAAGAAACGUCAGCUUGAGAUUGGUGAAUUGGAACUCCUCCCAUCCCACAUGUGCUGGGCGUGUGGAAAUCUACCAUGGUGGCCAGUGGGGAACAGUGUGUGAUGACAACUGGGACAUUCAAGAUGCCCAGGUGGUGUGCAGACAGCUGGGCUGUGGAUACGCAGUCUCAGCCCCAGGAAAUGCCUACUUUGGCUCUGGCUCUGGCCCCAUCACCUUGGACAACGUGGCGUGCUCAGGGGCAGAGACUAACCUCUGGCAGUGCCGGAACCAAGGCUGGUUCUCCCAUAAUUGUGGCCACUAUGAAGAUGCUGGAGUCAUUUGCUCAGUUGCACAGAUCAACUCCUCCACUCCAUAUUGGCAGCCCUCAACAACUACACCCACUCAGAAUCCUGUUUACAACGUCACCGGCCCAGCCACAGCAAAUUAUUCCUGCGGAGGCUUCCUGACCCAAUUUUCAGGGAACGUUUCCAGCCCAUUCUACCCUAGGAACUAUCCGAACAACGCCAAGUGUGUGUGGGACAUUGAAGUUCAAAACAACUACCGGGUGACUGUGGUCUUCAGAGAUGUCCAGCUGGAAGGCGGCUGUAACUACGAUUACAUCGAAGUGUACGACGGCCCCCACCACAGUUCCCCACUGCUCGCCCGGGUUUGUGACGGGGCAAGGGGCUCCUUCACCUCAUCGUCCAACUUCAUGUCCAUCCGCUUCGUCAGCGACAUCUCCAUCACCAAGAGAGGGUUCUUGGCUGAAUAUUACUCCAGCCUUUCCAAUGGGAACACGAAGCUGCUUUGCCUGCAAAAUCACAUGCAAGCCAGAGUGAGGACGAGCUACCUCCAAUCCUUGGGCUACUCUGCCAGGGACCUCGCCAUUCCCGGCUCAGACAGAAACUACCAGUGUCAGCCCCAGAUUACAUCGAGCCAGGUGACAUUCACGAUUCCCUACUCCGGCUGUGGCACCAGCCAGCAGGUGGAUAACGACACCAUCAUCUACUCCAACUUCCUCAAAGUGACUGCUUCAAGCGGCAUCAUCAACAGGAAGAAGGACCUCCAAAUUCACUUCAGCUGCAAGAUGCUCCGGAAUACCUGGGUUAACACAAUCUACGUUACUAAUGACACCAUCGAGAUUGAGAACAUACAAUACAGCAAUUUUGACGUGAACAUUACCUUUUACACAUCCUCUUCAUUCCUGUAUCCGGUGACCAGCAGCCCAUACUAUGUGGACCUAAACCAGAAUUUGUACCUUCAGGCUGAAAUCCUCCGUUCUAACGCCUCCUUAGCCUUAUUUGUGGACACCUGUGUGGCAUCACCGAAUCCCAAUGACUUUACAUCUUUGACCUAUGAUCUCAUCCGGAGCGGGUGUGUGAAGGACGAAACCUACCGAUCCUACUACCAGCCCUCGUCCAACAUCGUCCGCUUCAAGUUCAGUUCCUUCCACUUCCUGAACCGCUUCCCCUCCGUGUACCUGAAGUGCAAGAUGAUCGUGUGCAGGGCGUAUGACCCCUUCUCCCGCUGCAACAGAGGCUGCAUCGUGAGGGCCAAGAGGGACGUGGGCUCCUACCAGGAGAAGGUGGACGUCGUCCUGGGACCCAUCCAGCUGCAGCCCUCCCCCCAGAAGAGGAACCUGGACGGGCAGGUGGUGGGCACAGAGGAGGAGACGAGCACCCACGGGAGCUACCACGCUGCCGCCGUUUUUGCCGGGGUCCUCGUGGUCAUGGUCGUGGCCGUGGCAGCCUUCGCACUGGGGCGGGGAGUGCUGGCGGCCCGUGCCCAGCCUCCGAGCACUAGGAUGUGAAGCAGGAGGAUGCGCGGUGCUCAGACCCAAGUCCCUGUGCUCUGGAGCCGAGUGAGGAGGGAAGAAACCAGUGGCCAGGGCUUGCUACCCAGACCACACAACUGGGUUAAACCCUGGCCUGGUGCAUGGUGGGGGUGGACGGAGGAGUGGGGUGAGAAAGAUGAGAGCAGGUUUCCCCGAAACACAGGCUAGGGGCAGGGACAAAAUGUCAGGCAAGCAGGUCGGGGACCUAAAAAUCCCGCCUGCAGCUGGACACUUACACACUAGGAGCACUUGUGGAUAGAAUUUCUUUUCUGACCUUUUAGGAACCAGAUUCUUUGGCCUGGGGUGUAUAUAUCUUAGUCUUUCCUUGUUAUAGGGCAAGCUGAAUAAAGAACUUUUUUCAGAGCAA